UAGAAGAACAAGUAUCUAAUACGACAUCAUCCAUAGAGCAAGCAAGUCCCACAUAUCCUAAACAGCAAAAAAGAUUUGAUGAUAAAUUUACACAAAAAGAUGUGAUGAAUAAAAUCCGUAAAAUCGUUUCUUUACCUGUUAGAGAUAUGUCGAAUAAUAAAGGAUCAUUAGAAGAUAUACAUUUAUGGGAUUAUCUCUUAUCUAAUUAUGGAGCAAAAGAAGGAAUUAAUAAACAAGCACCAAAGUUUUCUGUCAUAGAUGACAUAUUCGAGAUAUAUGGAUUACCUGGAAUUCAUGAAUGUAUUAAUGGGCAACGGCCUUUAAGACUAGUAAUUGAUAUUGACGCAUCAAAAGAAAAAAUGGAAGCUGAAAAUAAAGAAAUUAUUAAAGAAUUGGUAAUUAUGAUAUCAUCUAAGGAUAAUAAAUACAGUUAUCACCUUCUAUAUGCCUCAGCUCUUCUUGUUGAUUAUCUAGAGCUAAAAGAAUUUACAGAAUUAGUAUUCAGAUUAACUGGAGAAAAAUAUAAAAAGUUUAUUGAUCGAGAAUUACCUGAUAGAAAUUUCUGUUUCCGCUUAAUUGGUUCAGCAAAAAAAGAUCGCGUGAAGCACAUACUUCAAUUCUCACUAGAUAAUGAUGUAAAGAAAAUAAAUCAGAAAAAAAUAAUCGUUGGUCAAGAUUCACUAAAAAAAUAUACUAAUCUAGUUCUACAAGAAUAUUCUGAUUAUCUUGGAGGGUAG